UUAAACACAUAAUAAAUAGUAAUUGUGACGGAAAAAAAUGAAUUUGUGAAAUAUUUUUUAAGUAUUUGAAAGAAAAUGGCAUUAGUGACGGUCCAGCGAUCGCCCAUAGCUGGGUCGCCGCGGUCCAAUUCGGAUGGUGAAGCGGAUGACGAAGACGGUAACAGAAAUGAAAAAAGUGAAUGCUUUUUUGCUGGCAAAGGGACUGCACUUGUUUUAGCACUGAAAGAUAUUCCACAACAUUCAGAACGUAGGUUAAGUACAGAUUCAACACGAUCCACGAAUAGUACGCAAAGUAACAACUCUGACAUACAACAACAUUUGCAAUCCAUGUUUAAUUUAUUGAAACAUGAAGAAACAUUAAAAAUGGCAGUUAAAUUGGAAUCACAUAGACCGAAUCGCACAAGAUAUCUCGUUAUAGCAUCUCGUUGUUGUUUUCGUUCCACUACCACCGAUCGUAAACAUAAAGUAACUCGCAACAAUUCAACAAAAUCAGCAGCAACAUUAACAAGUAACGCCAAUACACGCCAAAAUAAUGAUCUUAAUUGCAAUAAAACUCAACAACAAUUGCAACAGUCACAAACUGAUGCUAGUGAUAAUCUAGAAGCGUAUGAUAAACGUCUAUCUGGAUUAUCAACCUAUUUAACAAAUCGUCAAAGUGUAAAAUGUGAUGACAAAUAUACUGCCGGUGGUGAUAACAAAUGUGCUGAUGGUAUCGAAGAAUCAUGUUUACUGGGCAUUGAUUGCAAUGAACGUACAACACUCGGUUUAGUUGUACCAAUACUCGCUGACACAACUAUACACUUAGAUGGUGAUGGCGGUUUCAGUGUUUCUGUUUAUGGAAAAACUCAUAUCUUUAAACCAGUAUCUGUACAAGCAAUGUGGUCAGCAUUGCAGACCUUACAUAAAGUAUCUCAUAAGGCUCGUGAGAAUAAUUUUUAUCCUGGUGGUCCUUCGCACGAUUGGUUAUCGUAUUAUGAGCAACGUGUUGAGUCCGAUCAGUCUUGCCUAAAUGAGUGGAACGCUAUGGAUUCAUUAGAAAGUCGUCGUCCUCCGUCGCCAGAUGCCAUAAGAAAUAAACCAACGGCAAAGGAGGAAACUGAGAGUGUGAUUAAAAUGAAAUUAAAAGAAAUAAUGAUGUCGGUAGAUUUGGAUGAAGUUACAUCAAAAUACAUACGUGGGCGUUUAGAAGAACAUCUUGACAUGGAUCUUGGAGAGUAUAAAUCGUUUAUUGAUACAGAAAUGCUCUUAAUACUCGGUCAAAUGGAUGCACCAACAGAAAUAUUUGAUCACGUAUAUUUGGGUUCUGAAUGGAAUGCUAGCAAUCUGGAGGAGUUACAAAAAAAUGGUGUACGACAUAUUUUGAAUGUAACACGCGAAAUUGAUAACUUUUUUCCUGGCAUAUUUGAUUAUUUUAAUGUCCGCGUUUAUGAUGAUGAAAAAACAAAUUUAUUAAAACAUUGGGAUAAUACCUACCGUUAUAUAUCACGUGCCAAAUCGGAAGGUUCCAAAGUGUUGGUUCAUUGUAAGAUGGGUGUGAGUCGUUCUGCUUCUGUGGUUAUUGCUUACGCCAUGAAAGCGUAUAAUUGGGAGUUUGAACAUGCUUUACAACAUGUUAAAGAACGUCGUAGUUGUAUAAAACCAAACAAGAAUUUUUUAAAUCAAUUAGAGACGUACCGUGGUAUGUUGGACGCCAUGAAAAACAAAGAAAAAUUGCAACGCAGCAAAAGUGAAACAAAUCUAAAAAGCACAAAAGAUGCACGUUUACUCCCUGGUAGUGAACCUACACCGUUAAUACAAGCUCUUAAUCAAUCGAAGUCAAAGUCAGCUGGGCAUGGUGUUAGUGUUGAGGUUGGUGAUUGUGAAACUACCGAGGCCAACGAAGUAAAUUUGAAUUGCGAAAGGAUAGCUUAUGUUAAAACCCGCCUGCUUUUACGUCGUUCAAAUAGCAUAUCGCCAAAAAGUAGCAUACAAAGUCAUAAUGUUAUAGUUAUGAAACAGCAAAGUCAGUCGCUAGAAAACUUAACCCCAGAACGUAGCAUUGCGGAUGAGCCGAAAAAUGUGCGUUUUCCGGGAAGCAAUGGUGAAAACUAUAGCGUUACACAAAAUCAAGUAUUACAUAUACAAAAGAAAUCGGUAACUAUACCUACUAGUGGAGAUACAGCACUACCACCAAAUUCAGUUCGUACCAUUGUUCAUGAUUUAGAAGCAGUUAAGGAUAGACGUAAAACUGUAGACGAUCGCAAAGUAUUAAAUUUGCAAUUUGGACGCUCCGUUUCGCAUGACGCCGCAACGCGAACGGAAGAGAAUUUAAGUAAUAACACAGCGCAAGAAUCUGCACACACAAAUAUUACAAAAAGUCCUGUGUGGACAUCAUCCGCUAAGCUUAUAACACAAACGUCGAAUUUAAAAUUACAGCAAUGCGAUAAAGAAACGGAAAACAUUCAUCCUGCAUUACGUAAAAACAGUCAUGUCAGGAGAAACUCUUCGAGUAGUAAUAAUGAUCCUAGCGCUGAUAUGUUUUCCUCUCAAUUGGAUAAUGUGUUUGCAAAUGAAGAAGAGAAGCGACAUAGACGGAAAACCCAAUCCUGGGCUGCUACAAGUGGUUCAAGCGGUGGCAUAAUCCUGGAAAGUAAUACAUUAAUUAAUAGUGGUAUAGGUAUUAAAGCUAAAGGCUCCAACAGCAGUAUUGAUUCAGCCUCCUCGAGUACUACCUCUACAAUAUAUGAAGGCGUUGUUCGCACACGACCACGUCAACGUGAAUUACCAUCGCGACAUGCAUCUUGGGGUUCGGGUGAUAAUCGCUGUGGCGUGCCCAUCCGCAACAGUUCCUGGGGUCCGUAUGAUACUAAUCGCAAUACCUUCCAAUAUGGUGGCACAGCGAAUUCUGCCAUAUUCGAGGGACAAAUACAUGAACUGAACAUGAGUAAUAAGACUGUCAACUACAAGGCUACGAAUGAACGCCAACAAAACCAACACAGCCACAUAGGCACCGUAAAACGGACAAAACAAAAACUAGAGGAAUGCACCGUGCAAAAAAAACUUUGCCAAGAAAAUGGAGAAAGUGAAAGUGAUAGAGUAAGUGAAGAAGCCUUGUCAAGUCCUGUAAAUACUACCUCAGUUAUAAGUUCGCAAAAGAAAGGCUCGAAUUUAUAUCGCAGCGCCUCAGCAGCUGGUGGUACAGCAAGAACACGUUUUCCACACCGAUGUAAUAGCGAAGAAAUAGUGCCGACUGUAACAGCAGUAGUAUUGACGCAAGCUACAACACGCCGUAGCGAUGGUAACAAGCCAAUACAAAGUGAAUUGUUUUCUGCUUCAGCCCCCGAGUCAUAUACAAUGUCAGAUAUUGAAAAUAAAAAUCUGUUACCGCAGGAAAAUGUUGAAGACUCUUCUGAAGUGUUACUACGCACAAAUAAUUUACAACAAAUUGGUGCAACAGCAGAGGAUCAACGUAUAUCAGGCAAUGUGCAAAUACUCAAAAAAAGUUUUGAAGCUAAAGCGGGCGGUACUGCAACAACUGCAGCAACUCAAGCAAAUCUUACGGCCAGCUCAAAAAAAGGCCAUCAAUCACUGCCCUCAUCACCAGUAGCUCAACACGUAGACCAUAGCGGUAAUAUAAGAACAACAGUAACAAUUUCCGUUGCAACAACAACUACGACAACAGCCAUAAGUAAUGUAGAAGAGACAACAACAGCGGUUCCUACAAAAAAUACAUCAUCCAAUUCCUCAAAUUCGUCAUCAUCAUCUAGUGUAAGUGACACAAAUGAACGCAAUGUAAAAGGCUUGGUACAUAAAUAUCAAACGACUACUCCUAGCACAGCAGCUUCCAGCGCAUCAAAUACACCAGCAAUAACAACAGUAGUAGUAAAUACAUUUAGUAGCACAAAACCACGUCCACGAUCCUAUUAUGAAAAUCCUCAUUCCCACAGAUCGAUAAUGGGUAAACCACACGAUUACAGCGACAGUAGACCACCGCCAGCACCUGCCAAAUCAACAGGUUCAACAGCCACUAGCCAUAUCAUGACAGAAAGCAUUUUAGCACAACAACAUCAACAACAGCAGCGACGACUGCAACAUGGCAAAACACAUCCACUCGCUAGGCUAAGUUUACCAAAGCAAAGCUUUAAUGCAGCCGCUUAUAAUACGAUCCUUUUCCGCAUGAUACGCAAGGUUACAUAUUCAUUCAACAACAACAACAACACUUCCUCCACAAAUAACAACAAUAACACAAAAUAAUAUAUAUUUUUAAGAUAGAUAA